GCUUUUUGUUUCAUGUUUUGAGAGAAGAUUUUUGUUGGAAUAUUUGGAUUUGAUUUUUUAAAUAUCUAAAUUAGACAAUUGUAAAUUUAUCUUGCAACAAAAAUGUCUGACGUUCUAGAUAUUCUCGAAUUGAAUCGGGAAUCUGGUGAGAAGAAAAUUAUGAAAAAGAAACGUCUUCCCGAACAAUCUGCGAAGAAAUCCAAUAUCAAAGGCAUGAACCGAGAGGUUUAUGCUUUAUUGUGUUCCGAGAACAAAGAUAGUGCAUCACUCAUUCCAUCAGAUUUCGCUAUUGGUUCAAAAUUUGGAUUCCCACCCUUUGGAUACAAAAAGGUGAAAGCUAACCUAAGUCUUCGUAAAGUAAUCAAAUGGAACUGGGUACCAUUUACUAAUCCAGCACGAAAAGAUGGCUUUCAAUUGUAUCAUUGGAGACGUGAAGCGGAUAAAAAUAAAGAAUAUCCAUUUGCUAAAAUGAAUGUCGUGAUCAACAUACCUUCAUAUACUGAUCAAGAAUACCAAGAAUUAUUACAAAGUAAUGAAUGGAGCAAAAGUGAAACUGAUCAUUUAUUUGGCUUGUGUAGAAAAUAUGAUCUCCGUUUUAUUGUCAUUCAAGAUCGUUGGGAUACAUCAUUGUAUAAGGAUCGAACAGUGGAAAAUAUCAAAGAUCGAUAUUAUUCUGUAUGUGACAUUUUGGCUAAACAUCGUAACGAAUCUACUGGUGGUAAUAUUUUGACUAUGAAACCGCAAGGAUAUGUCUUUGAUGCUGAACAUGAACGAAAACGUAAAGAACAAUUGAAAAAAUUAUACAAUCGUACAUCAGAAGAAUAUGAAGAAGAGCAACAAUUGAUUGCCGAAUUACGUAAAAUUGAACAACGUAAAAAAGAACGAGAAAAAAUUACGCAAGAAAUUCAAAAAUUGAUUUCCACCGAUAGUACUUCUGAACUGCGUAGACAAGAACAACAGAAUCAGACACGACAAUCCAAUAUAUUAUCGCGUUCUAGUAGAAAGAAAGCCAAUUCUCAGCUAAAAGGUUCCCGAAUCAGCGAUGUUGGGUCAAAUUCCUUCAGCACAGUUAAUAUUGAAUCGGCAAGUAUUAAAUUUCCAGAACCAAAAACCUGUGUCUGGCUUCGUAGCUCUCGUAUUAAAUUACCAUCAUCGGUUGGAACGAAACGCAUGAAAGCCAUUCAACAAUUAAUGAAAGAACUCAAAAUUGAUCCACAUCCAAUACCAACCGAGGAAAUUUGUAGACAUUUUAACGAUCUUCGUUCGGAUAUGGUUUUACUGUAUGAAUUAAAACUUGCUCUUACCAGUCUUGAUUUCGAAUUACAAUCAUUAAAACAUCAAUAUGAAUCGAAUAGUGUGCAGGCGUCAAAUGAGAAAAUCGAACCUGUUCCUCUAACACCUUUAAGUGCGGCUAGUUUACCAGAUAAUUUGACCGCCACAUUUGGAUCCACCACUAGCCAUCAGACCAAUCAAACCCCGACAAAAACUGAUGAUAUAUCUAAGAAAAUAUCCGAAGUAAUUGAUGUAACCAAUUCAACACCACGAAAACGGAAAGCUGCUAUGGAACAAGUGAAUUUGAUGAGAAAAUUGCGAAAGAAUUAGAAUUUGAUAUUUUUUUAAACUUUAAUCACAUAAUCCAUCAGUUUAAAUUGAAUUAAUAAAUAUUAUUUUAAAACAAUCA